CACAAGCCCCGGCGGGUCACAUGACCCCACUAGCGCUCUGAUCGUACUGCGGCUCCCGCCAGGGCGACUUCUCGCCCUCGCGCGGUCGUUGCCGAGGAGACGGCGCAUGUCUCGCCGCGCGUUGCCCCCUCUGCAGUCCCCCCGCCCCUCCUCUCCCACCACAAUGAGAUCCUAAGAUGGCGGUGGCUGCGGCGGUUGGCGCCGAGUAACUGAGGUAGAAAAGGCGGCCAUUGGGCCCAGGCAGCCAGGGAACUUGUGGACUCUCCCUGCUGCGGUCCCCAGGGGAGGCCCGCGCCGGUGGCGGGUCUCGGGGGCUGUGGCCACACGGCCUGGGCGGGCGCGGCCGCGUCGUUCACAGCAGGCAACAGCUUUGAAGUGUGAAGCAGGAAAGGAGCUGUUUCAGAGCUGCAAAAACUAGUUUCUAAACAGAAAAUUGUUAAAGCCAAUAUGGCCACAGGAGGAGGUCCUUUUGAAGAAGGUUUGAAUGAUCAGGAUUUACCAAACUGGAGCAAUGAGGGUAUUGAUGACCGACUCAACAAUAUGGAUUGGGGUGGCCAACAGAAGAAGGCAAAUAGAUCUUCAGAAAAGAAUAAGAAAAAAUUUGGUGUAGAAAGUGAUAAAAGGGUAACUAAUGAUAUUUCUCCGGAGUCAUCACCAGGAGUUGGAAGGCGAAGAACAAAGACUCCACAUACAUUUCCACAUAGUAGAUACAUGACUCAGAUGUCUGUUCCAGAGCAGGCAGAAUUAGAGAAACUUAAACAGAGGAUAAACUUCAGUGAUUUAGAUCAGAGAAGCAUUGGAAGUGAUUCUCAAGGUAGAGCAACAGCUGCUAACAACAAACGUCAGCUUAGUGAAAACCGGAAGCCCUUCAACUUUGUGCCUAUGCAGAUUAAUACUAACAAGAGCAAAGAUGCUGCUGUAAGUCCUCAAAAGAGAGAAAUGAUUGGAUCAGCACAAUGUAAAGAGUUGUUUGCUUCUGCUUUAAGUAAUGACCUUUUGCAAAGCUGUCAAGUCUCUGAAGAAGAUGGGAGAGGAGAACCUGCAAUGGAGAGCAGCCAGAUUGUAAGCAGGCUUGUUCAGAUUCGAGACUAUAUUACUAAAGCUAGUUCAAUGCGGGAAGAUCUUGUAGAGAAAAAUGAAAGGUCUGCUAACGUUGAGCGCCUUACUCAUCUGAUAGAUCACCUUAAAGAACAAGAAAAGUCAUAUAUGAAAUUUCUCCAAAAAAUUCUUGCUAGAGAAAAUGAGGAGGAGGAUGUUCGGACUAUAGAUUCAGCUGUGGGAUCUGGUUCUGUAGCUGAGAGCACAUCGCUAAACAUAGAUGUGCGGUCUGAGGCUUCAGAUACCACGGCCAGAGACCCUCAACAGGAACCUCUAGAAGAGAUAGAAAAUUUGAAGAAACAGCAUGAUUUACUAAAAAGGAUGUUACAACAGCAGGAACAAUUGAGAGCUCUGCAGGGACGACAAGCUGCCCUUCUUGCUCUGCAACAUAAAGCAGAGCAAGCUAUUGCUGUGAUGGAUGAUUCUGUUGUAACAGAAAAUACAGGCAGUUUAUCUGGAGUCAGUAUCACAUCUGAACUUAAUGAAGAAUUGAAUGAUUUAAUUCAGCGAUUUCAUAAUCAGCUUCGUGACUCUCAGCCUCCAGCUGUUCCAGACAAUAGAAGACAGGCAGAAAGUCUUUCAUUAACUAGGGAGGCUUCCCAGAGCAGGAAUCCAUCUGUUUCGGAUCAUUUACCUGAUGAGAAAGUUCAACUUUUUAGCAAAAUGAGAGUGUUACAGGAAAAGAAACAAAAAAUGGACAAAUUGCUUGGAGAACUUCAUACACUUCGAGAUCAGCAUCUGAACAAUUCAUCAUUUGUGCCUUCUUCAGCCUCUCCACAAAGGAGUGCAGAUCAAAGAACUACAGCCUCAGCUCCCUCUGCUCCUGUGGGCUUAGCACCAAUUGUCAACGGAGAAUCCAAUAGCCUCACAUCCCCCGUUUCUUAUCCUGCUGCUUCUCUAAUUUCUCAGAAUGAGAGUGAAAAUGAAGGCCAUCUAAAUCCAACUGAAAAACUCCAGAAGUUAAAUGAAGUUCGAAAGAGAUUGAAUGAGCUAAGAGAAUUAGUUCAUUAUUAUGAGCAAACAUCAGAUAUGAUGACAGACGCUGUAAAUGAAAACACAAAAGAUGAAGAAACUGAGGAGUCAGAAUAUGAUUCCGAGAAUGAAAACUCUGAACCAGUUACUAACAUUCGAAAUCCACCCGUAGCUACAACCUGGAAUGAAGUAAAUAGUAAUUCUAAUGCACAGUGUGUUUCUAAUAACAGAGAUGGGAGAUCAGUUAAUUCUAAUUGUGAAAUUAAUAAUAGAUCUGCCAACAUACGGGCUCUAAACAUGCCUUCUUUAGCAGAUUGUCGAUAUAAUAGAGAAGGAGAACAGGGGAUUCAUGUUGUACAGGAUGAAGAUGAUGAGGAAGAAGAGGAAGCAGAAGAGGAAAGGGUCAGUGGUGCUUCCUUAUCUAGUCCUAGGAGCAGUCUGGUUGAUGAGGCUCCAGAAGAUGCUGAAUUUGAACAGAAGAUCAGCAGACUUAUGGCUGCAAAACAGAAGCUUAGACAGCUACAAGAUCUUGUUGCUAUGGUACAGGAUGAUGAUGCAGCAGAUCAAGGAGUUAUUUCUGCCAAUACUUCAAAUUUGGAUGAUUUCUACCCAGCAGAAGAUGGCACCAAACAAAAUACAAAUAACACCAGAGGAAAUGCCAGUAAAACACAGAAAGAUGUUGGGGUAAAUGAAAAGGCAAGAGAGAAAUUUUAUGAGGCGAAACUGCAACAGCAACAGAGAGAGCUCAAACAGUUGCAGGAAGAAAGAAAGAAAUUGAUUGAGAUUCAAGGGAAAAUUCAAGCAUUACAAAAAGCAUGUCCUGACCUACAGCUUUCAGCCACUGGUACCAGUAAUUGCCCCACAAAAAAAUAUAUGCCAGCUGUUACUUCAACCCCAGCUGUUAAUGAAAAUGAAACUAAUACAAGCAAAUCUGUUUUUGAGCCUGAAGACUCUUCAGUAGUGGAUAAUGAGCUGUGGUCAGAAAUGCGAAGACAUGAGAUGUUAAAGGAAGAGCUGCGACAAAGAAGAAAGCAGCUUGAAGCUUUGAUGGCUGAACAUCAGAGGAGGCAAGGUCUGGCUGAAACAACAUCUCCAGUGACUGUUUCAUUGAGAAGUGAUGGAUCUGAAAACUUAUAUACUCCUCAACAAAGUAGAACAGAAAAAACAAUGGCAACUUGGGGAGGUUCUACCCAGUGUGCACUAGAUGAAGAAGGAGAGGAGGAUGGUUACCUCUCUGAAGGAGUUGUUCGGACAGAUGAAGAGGAAGAGGAAGAAGAGCAAGAUGCCAGUUCCAAUGAUAACUUUUCUAUCUAUCCUCCUAACAGUGUGAAUCAUAACUCCCAUGGUGUAAAGGAAACUAAAAAUAGGUGGAAGAACAAACGUCCUUUUUCAGCGGAUGGAAAUUAUCGUCCUUUAGCCAAGACAAGACAACAGAAUAUCAGCAUGCAACGUCAGGAAAACCUUCGUUGGGUAUCAGAACUCUCUUAUGUAGAAGAGAAAGAACAAUGGCAAGAACAAAUCAAUCAGUUAAAGAAACAGCUUGAUUUCAGUGUCAGUAUUUGUCAGACUUUGAUGCAAGACCAGCAGACUCUGUCUUGUCUGCUCCAAACUCUCCUCACCGGUCCUUAUAGUGUUAUGCCCAGCAAUGUUGCAUCUCCUCAAGUACAUCUUAUAAUGCACCAGCUGAACCAGUGCUAUACUCAGCUCACCUGGCAACAGAAUAAUGUGCAAAGGUUGAAACAAAUGCUAAGUGAACUUAUGCGACAACAAAAUCAGCAUACUGACAAACCUGGAAGCAAGGAAAGAGGCAGCAGUACAUCACACCCUCCUUCUCCCAGCUUAUUUUGUCCUUUCAGCUUUCCAACACAGCCUGUAAAUUUGUUUAACCUACCUGGGUUUACUAAUUUUUCAUCGUUUGCACCAGGUGUGAACAUCAGCCCUUUAUUUCCUUCUAAUUUUGGAGAUUUUCCUCAGAAUAUUUCUACACCUAAUGAACAUCAGCAGCCAUUAGCCCAGAAUCCUUCAGGCAAAACAGAAUAUAUGGCUUUUCCGAAACCAUUUGAAAGCAGUUCUUCUAUUGGAGCAGAAAAACAAAGGAAUCAAAAACAGCCUGAAGAGGAGAUGGAAAACAGUAGGACACCAUGGUUAUAUGACCAAGAAGGUGAAGUAGAAAAGCCAUUUAUCAAGCCUGGAUUUGCAGUGUCUGUAGAGAAACCUACUAAUAGUAGUCGCAAAAAUCAACUAGACACCAGUAGAAGAAGACGCCAGUUUGAUGAAGAGUCAUUAGAAAGCUUUAGCAGUAUGCCUGAUCCAGUAGAUCCAACAACAGUAACUAAAACAUUCAAGACAAGGAAAGCAUCUGCACAGGCAAGUGUGGGAUCUAAAGAUAAAACUCCCAAGUCAAAGAGUAAGAAGAGACAUUCUACUCAAUUGAAAAGCAGAAUUAAAAAUAUUGGGUAUGAAAGUGCCAGUAUGUCUAGCACAUGUGAACCUUGCAAAAAUAGGAACAGACAUUCAGCCCAGACUGAAGAGCCUGUUCAAGCAAAAGUAUUCAGCAGAAAGAAUCAUGAGCAGCUGGAAAAAAUAAUAAAAUAUAAUAGGUCUACAGAAAUAUCUUCAGCACAUGCUAGGAGAAUACUACAGCAAUCUAACAGAAAUGCAUGCAAUGAAGCGCCAGAAACUGGGAGUGAUUUUUCCAUGUUUGAAGCUUUGCGGGAUACUAUUUAUUCUGAAGUCGCUACGCUAAUUUCUCAAAAUGAAUCUCGUCCACAUUUUCUUAUUGAACUCUUCCACGAGCUUCAGCUACUUAAUACAGACUACUUAAGACAGAGGGCUUUAUAUGCAUUGCAGGACAUCGUAUCCAGACAUAUUUCUGAGAACCAUGAAAAAGAAGGGGAUAAUGUAAAGUCGGUGAAUUCUGGUACAUGGAUAGCAUCAAACUCAGAACUUACUCCUAGUGAAAGCCUUGCUACUACUGAUGAUGAAACUUUUGAGAAGAACUUUGAAAGAGAAACACAUAAAAUAAGUGAUCAAAAUGAUGCUGAUAAUGCUAGUGUCAUGUCUGUGUCUUCAAAUUUUGAGCCUUUUGCAACAGAUGAUCUAGGUAACACUGUGAUUCACCUAGAUCAGGCAUUAGCAAGAAUGAGAGAAUACGAGCGUAUGAAGACUGAAGCUGAAAACACAAAUAUAAGAUGCACCUGCAGGAUUAUUGAGGAUGAAGAUGGUGCUGUUGCCACAACUACAAUUAAUAACUUAGAAGAAACUCCUGUUGAAAAUCACAGCUCACAGCAACCUGUAAAUGAAGUUUCUACUGUGCCAUGUCCUAGAAUUGAUACUCAGCAGCUAGAUCGACAAAUUAAAGCAAUAAUGAAAGAAGUCAUUCCUUUUUUGAAGGAGCACAUGGAUGAAGUAUGCUCUUCUCAACUUCUAACUUCAGUAAGACGGAUGGUUUUGACCCUUACUCAACAAAAUGAUGAGAGCAAAGAGUUUGUAAAGUUCUUUCAUAAACAACUUGGGAGUAUAUUACAGGAUUCACUGGGAAAAUUUGCUGGUAGAAAACUGAAAGACUGUGGAGAAGAUCUUCUAGUAGAGAUAUCUGAAGUGUUAUUUAAUGAACUGGCUUUCUUUAAACUCAUGCAAGAUUUGGAUAAUAAUAGUAUAACUGUUAAGCAAAGAUGCAAAAGGAAAAUAGAAGCAGCUGGAGUAAUACAAUCUUAUGCCAAAGAGGCCAAAAGGAUUCUUGAAGGAGAUCAUGGCCCACCUGUUGGAGAAAUUGAUGAUGAAGACAAAGACAAGGAUGAGACUGAAACAGUUAAACAGAUUCAAACAUCAGAGGUGUAUGAUGGUAAUGGCGCCAAAAAUGUGCCAUCUGAUGUUUCUGAUCAAGAGGAAGAUGAAGAAAGUGAAGAGUGUCCAGUGUCUAUUAAUUUGUCCAAAGCUGAAACUCAAGCUUUGACCAAUUAUGGAAGUGGAGAAGAUGAGAAUGAAGAUGAAGAAAUAGAGGAAUUUGAAGAGGGACCUGUUGAUGUCCAGACUUCGCUUCAGGCUAACACUGAAACUACAGAAGAAAAUGAACACGAUGAGCAGGUUCUACAACAUGACUUUGGAAAAUCGGCAGAAAGCAAACGUGUCCCAUCGGAACAAGAACCUGUUACUCGUAAAGAUAACCAAGAUAGUGUUCCUGUAAAACCCUGUUACCUCAAUAUCUUGGAAAAUGAGCAAUCUCUAAAUGGCACUGUUCAAAAGGAUUUGCUUACUACCAUUGAGUCACCUAAACAGCCUAACCCUUUGCCAUUACCUUUAACUGAAACUGAAACCGUAGUGCCUAAAGUCAAAGAAGUUAAAUCUGCUCAGGAAACUCCUGAAAGCUCUCUGGCUGGAAGUCCUGAUACUGAAUCUCCAGUGUUAGUGAAUGACUAUGAAGCUGAGUCUGGUAAUAUAAGUCAAAAAUCUGAUGAAGAAGACUUUGUAAAAGUUGAAGAUUUACCACUUAAACUGACAAUAUAUUCAGAGGCAGAUUUAAGGAAGAAAAUGGUAGAAGAGGAACAGAAAAACCAUUUAUCUGGUGAAAUAUGUGAAAUGCAGACUGAAGAACUAGCUGGGAAUUCUCAGACACUAAAAGAACCUGAAAUGGGGAGAAGAGAAGGGCAGAUCAUUCAGAAACUGUUGGAGCCCAAAGUAUAUGAGAUGUCUUCAGAGACUCAUCUAACUCUCUACAAAAGUCGAUACAUACAUGAAAAUGGCACUAAAUAAACAUGUUUUGAUCUGUGUAAAAAUGUAAAUUAGUUUGACACUGCAUUUUUGAUAGGUGUGCUAAUUUCUGCCCAUGGCAGUUUAAAACAUCAGAUACUGAGUUUUCAACAGAUUCAAGCCUUGAUACACUGUGGGGUUUCUUUUUUUUUUUUUUUUUUUUUUUUUCAGUCUUGAUUUUUAUUUCCCAUUGUGAUGUUUAGUAAUGUUAAAUUUAAAAAGUAGUUUUAAAUAAAGGUUGAACUUAUCUGUAAAGUAUCAUUUUUGGAAAUUAUGUUGAAUCCUAUACAGCAAGUUACUGCUCUGUGUAAGUAGGCUAUUUAGAAGAGAGCAAUGGUUGGAUUAGAGAAAUGUACUAUUUAUUAUAUAGCCUAGCCAUUAGGCCAGGCUUCCAAAUAAUGCCAGUGUUGCUGCUAUUGGGUCUAAUGUUCUUUUAGAUACCUGCAUGUCUUAUUCCUGUGUAAGAAUAGGGCAGGUUAUCUGUGAAGUUAUUGUAGAAUAUAUAUUAAUAUUCUAUUCAAAUUGGAUAAUACCUUAACUUUAGAACACAUAUCCUUAGUACCUACAACUUAAUUAUCUAUUAGACAAAUUCUUGGAGAAUUUCAACUCCUAUCUGUUACCACAGUCUUAAAAAGAAAGUUUUAUAUAAUUAGGGAGUAUUUCUGCACUGAAAAGUAACAUUAUGAUUAAUUUUAAAUGAAACCAAACUCUUACAAGAAGGGAUUAAUAAAACUAAAUUUAUGUACCAGUGCAUUAUAGUUCUGUAUGCUUUCAACAAAUUUUCCUUUGGGAUGAUAGUUCAAGACUACAGAAUAGCAAUUGCUUCUGUGUGUAGUGAGAGAGAAGCAGGUUCACAAAGGAAGUAUUGAGUAUUGAAAAUCUGUAUGACUUCAUCAUUAAGUAAAUCAGCUUUCAAAAGGUAGUUUACUUUUAGAUCCCAAACUUUCCUUAUACCAGUGAGGCUUCACAGAGCCAGUUAACAAUUAGGUCAACUUUACAGAUUCUUCCUUGAAUAAUAUAGGAAGAAUUAGUUCCAAGUGGUCUUCUAAAUUUGCUAACAAAUGAUUGAAAUACCCCAUUAGAAUUUGGUUUGGUAUUCCUUUAAAAUUUCUGACUUCCCUGAUACCUGUGUAGAUUGACAAUGUCCAGUCAGGGAGUAUUAAGUGAGGAUUUCCCUGUGAGAAUAUUUUCUGUGUUGCUAUUUAAAUUAUGUAAGCUAUAUCUCCGGCUUUUAACGUCAGUAAAACCUAUUCCAGAUAACUGUCAUUCCAGAAUCAGGAAUUCAUAUGCAGUUUGCCUGCCUUCAGGAAAAUUGAAAAAUAAGAUAUAUGUAUACUCAAAUUUGUUUCCUAGACUCUAAGCAGGAAGAGAGGAAAACUUCCUUUUGGCACUCAAGCCAAGCCUUACAUAUUACAGCUGUGUCUCUCUCUCUCUGCAUGCAUAUUAAAGAUUGAUAGAGUGAAAGAAUUGUACUUACAUCUUAGUUAUUACUGAAGUACCUAUGAACCUUAUCAAUUUUGUUUAUUUGACUUGUGUUAUAGCUGCUAUAAUCUAGUCUGUUUUCUGUUUUAGUAGAUAAUUUUAAAAUACGGCUUAUGAGCAGGUAACUUGUUCAAUGUUUUCUCUGGUAACUACUAUUAGAGUUACCCAUUAAAUAUUCCAGUUUAAUUUUAAGUUUAAAAAUUUGGAUAGAUAUAAAAGAGAGAAAUGGUUAAAACAAGUAAGAGAGAACCUUAUGUAGGUUAAGAUAAUACCUAAAAUAGUGAGAUAGCCAGACUUUGUAUUUUGUAACAUUCACUUUGGGUAAAUGCUUUUUCACUGUUAAUAAAUGUAUAUCCUACAUAUAAUUCU